AUGUUAGAUGCAAAAAGCACUUCUUUGAGCCUUACAAACGUUACUGUAUUGAAACUUUAUUGCGACGGAUGCCCAGGACAAAACAAGAACGUCACUAUCAUAGGUAUGCUGAUGAAGUGGCUAUACUUUACCAGAUCUGCUGUUGAAGAGAUUCACGUCAUCUAUCCUAUUGUAGGUCACUUAUAUUUACCACCAGACAGAAUUUUCGGAAGAAUACAGAAUGUUGUGAAAAGAAAAGAGGUCAUAAUUAAUCCAAAGGAGUAUAGGGCUAUAUUUUCUAAGUUUGCGACUGUACUAGACAUGGAAAGUGACUUUGAUGUUUUUGAUUGGAAAACAGCAGUAGAGACUCAUGUGAAACCACCUGGCCAAUGGCAUUUUCAAUUUUCUUCGGCGAAGCGGAUGAUAAUUAAGAAAGAAGCUAGUUCAUCAGGAAAAAAGUCCUUAUUAGAGGUGAAGCUAAUUACCGCGCCGAUAUGGGAGUGUACAAGUAUGUGCUGA